AUCCUUACGGAAAACAUACGAUCCUUACGGAAAACAUACGAUCCACUACUAAGAAACAUACGAUCCUUACGGAAAUCAUACGAUCCACUACUAGGAAACAUACGAUCCUUACGGAAAACAAACGAUCCACUACUAGAAACAUACGAGCCUUACUAAUUUGCUGGACCACGUGACCUGGGCGGCAAAUUCAAGAUGGCGGACUCUGGAGAACUUGGUGGGACAGAAGGUGCAGAAGUACAUCCUGAUCCUAGUGAUUCAGCACCUAAACCCAAAUAUGCCUGCAGUAUCUGUGAGAAGACUUAUAAGACCAAGAAAGGACUUUGCCUUCACGUGCAGGGCUAUCAUAACAACAAUUACCCAUUCAGGUGUGAGGUGUGCGGAACCGGUGUCUUUACCCGUAUGAGAUUGCGUGAACAUUCUGCGAAACAUUUGAAGAAGGGGCUAGCCGAAUGCAAGACCUGCAAGAAGGCACCACGAACAGCGGCUGGUCUGCAGUACCAUAAGAAUCUUCACAAGACAACUCCAACACUGCACCAAUGCCAUUUAUGUGAGAAAACAUUCCACAUGAAAAAGAACAUGAUAGAGCACAUGAAGACCCAUGGUGCACGGUUUGAGUGCGAUGCAUGUGAUAAGAUAUACAAGUCUAAGAAGGCCUUGGUGAAGCACCAUAAAGCCAUCCAUACUGAGAAUGCCAGUAAGGACUUUGUAUGUGAUAUUUGCAGUAAGGCCUUCCGUAGAAAGCAAUACCUUUCUCAACAUCUAGUGCAUCACUCAACAGAGAGGAAGUUCAUCUGUGAACUCUGUGGGAAAAAAUUCAAGACCAAACAGCACAUGCAGGUGCAUCAGGGAAGUAGAAAUUGCAAAGAUAAGGAUUCAGAGGAGGAAAGGAUUUGGGUGACUAAUAAAAACACCAUCUAAUUUACCAUUAUUGUGUAUCGCAGAUACAGAAUUUAUCCAUAUGUAACAUUAUAUAUACCAGCAUGUUUUGGUUUGAAAAAUAGUAGAAAUGUUAUCAUACAAAAUGUCAGUUUAGUUGUUUUCCUCAAGGUAUCCAAUGAAAGAAAACGGGGAACAAUUUAGGAACAGCAAAUUAGCAAAACACAUUUAUUUCUAUCAUACGGUCAUACCCAUAUAUUAAUAAACAUUUCUCACCCUUCAAAAAGCGCUUAAAUAUUAUUCACAUCUCUUGUUCACUUUGCUUACAUUCAACAUACUCGCCUGAUGCAACUAUGUGCUGUUUGGUCUUGUAUGGCAUGCUUUCUCUUACAUUCAACAAUAGUUCUUUGAACCAUGGUGUUGUUCAAACAUAACUUAGCAAGUGUAUAAAGGUAAAAUGCAGUGCAUUUCUUGCAUUUAAUGUACAAUGUACCAUAUUAACAACAUAGUACAGUGUUGUAGGUUGCUCUUCUGUGUCUUAUUGUUUGUAAAAUUUACAGAACACUGAGUUACUACCUGACAUGAUAAAUCUUUAUGACACCAACUAAUCCAUGCACCAUUAAGUUUAUGAUUGUACAAAAAACCUAAGUUUAUGAUGUACAAGAAGACAUCUCCUCUCUCUCCAAAAUAAGUUUUUGAUAUUACUCAAUGCCUUACAGUGUCACACAAGUAUUUAUGUACAACUGU